GAUACAAAACAGGACAACUUGCCAUCUUCCAGAUAUAUGCAGGCACCCAGGUAACCCAGAAAACUUCAAAAUCCUUUCUAGCCUGGAUUAUAGUUACAAGAGCUACCAGAAUGAAGCUUUUCCUGAUUAUUCUGCCUUCUCUUCUCCAAGCUGUUACAAAGUCUCUGCUGGUACAUUCCAGGCUGGACAGCUAUGCCUGCCCCUUGGGACAGUUCCCCUGUGGCAACCUGUCUGUUUGUCUACCCCAGCUCCUGCACUGCAAUGGAGAGAAGGACUGUGAUAACGGAGCUGAUGAAGAGAACUGUGUGGAUAACAGUGGGUGGCUGCAGAUCUUGGACAACAUGCAGCAGACCAAGGGCAGCAGAGCCACUCGGAAAGAGGAGACUCCAGACUGUGUGCUUGACCAGGUCCCAGAGCAAUGCCAGUGCUGGGGAAGGACAAUAGACUGCACCAGCCAGAACUUGCCCUCCAUCCCCUGGGUCUCCUCCAAUGUGACAAAGCUAGACCUGAAGAUUAAUAAAAUCCACUUACUGUUGGACAACCAGUUUGUCAGAUACAAAUGUCUGGAGAAGCUCCUCUUGCAGCACAACAAAAUCCAGUCAAUACCGCCCUAUGCUUUUGCUGGACUUUCCAAGCUGAAAAUGUUGUUCCUGAGCUACAAUAAAAUCACUGAACUGAAUCCAAGAGUCUUCCAGGACCUGCAUCAUCUUGAAUGGCUAAUGCUGGAUAACAACAGAAUCGCCAAGAUCCUCCCAGCAACUUUUGAGGGGUUGAAAUCACUGUACUUUCUGUACAUGCUGAACAACUCCCUGAGCAGCAUGCCCAACACUUCCAUCUGUGCAGAAAUGCCGAAGCUCAGCUGGCUGGAGCUGGAAGGAAACCAGAUCCGUGCUCUGAGGAGCUCAGUGUUCCAGGAAUGCAGCACCUUCACUGUGCUGGUUCUGCGCAGAAACCAGAUCAAGUGGAUUGAGGAAGGGACGUUUUCCAAGCUGAACAGGCUGGUGGAGCUGGACCUCUCUUGCAAUAGGCUGGAGGAACUUCCACCGUCUCUGUUCAGUAACUUGCACGACCUCCAGCAGCUGAAUAUUUCCUACAACCCCCUGAAGCAGAUCUUUGCAGACCAGUUUGACAGCCUGCCCCAGCUGCGCUCUCUGAGUAUUGAAGGUCUGGAGAUCCCCAAUGUCCAGCCCCGCAUGUUCCAGAAACUCACCAAUCUGUCUCACAUCUACUUUAAAAAGUUCCAGUAUUGCAGCUACUCUCCGCACGUGCGGAGCUGCAAGCCCAACACAGACGGCAUCUCCUCCAUUGAGAACCUCCUGGCUAACAUCAUCCUCAGGGUCUUUGUCUGGGUCAUCGCGUGCAUCACCUGCUUUGGGAAUCUCUUUGUCAUCGGCAUGAGGUCCUUGGUCGUCUCCGAGAACAGCCAGCACACCAUGGCCAUCAAAUCGCUCUGCUGUGCAGACUGUCUGAUGGGAAUCUACCUCUUCUUCAUUGGAGCCUUUGAUCUCAAGUUCUCCGGCGAGUACAACAAGCACGCCCAUGUGUGGAUGGCGAGCAUCCAGUGCCAGCUGGUGGGCAGCCUGGCCAUGCUGUCCUCAGAGGUGUCCGUCCUGCUGCUGACCUACAUGACCCUGGAGAAGUUCUUCUGCAUCGUCUUCCCAUUCAGCCAUUACGGAGUGGGCAAAAAGCAGACCCUCUGUGUGCUGGUCGUCAUCUGGCUGUUGGGCUUUUCUCUCACCUUCAUCCCCUUCUGGUGCAAGGAGUCCUUCGGGGACUACUACGGGAGGAACGGGGUGUGCUUCCCCCUCCAGUCUGACGAGACCGUGAGCCCAGGUGCCAGGGGCUACUCCACCGGGAUAUUUCUGGGCCUGAACCUCAUUGCCUUCAUCACCAUCGUGUUCGCCUACACCAGCAUGUUCUACUCCAUCCACACCACAGCCACCAAGACCGCCGAGCGCAGCGUCUUCUCCAGGGAAGUGGCCAUCGCCAAGCGGUUCUUCUUCAUCGUCUUCACUGACGCCCUCUGCUGGAUCCCCAUCUUCCUCCUGAAGCUCCUCUCCUUGCUGCAGGUGGAAAUACCAGGUACUGUGACGUCUUGGGUGGUCAUUUUCAUCCUGCCCAUCAACAGUGCCUUGAACCCCAUUCUGUACACCGUCACCACCACCCCCUUCCAGGAGAAGCUCAAGCUGUGUCUGCAGAAGAAGCAGCAGCAGUCACUCCAGGACCCAGAAAUGUCCAGAAUGUACUUUACCCUGGUGUCCAUGCAAACCAGCAGCACCUGACAGUCCCUGGCUGCUUAGCCGAAAAGCCUCACUGCUUCAUGCAUGCAGCUCUGAAGGACCAUGUCUCUGACCUAUCCGGGUUCAUUGCCCACCCCACUGGUGUAGCAUUUGUGGGGCAGCAGCAGCCAGAGCGGAGCUGCCAGCCAGCUUUUGUGCAUGGCGGGAACACCCCUCCCAGCUGUGGCAGCAGUGACAGACGGUGUGUUAGGAGCCGACAGAAGAAAUGGUCGCAGACAGGGCCUGAACUCUGCUCAUCUGCCCCAUGGUUGAAAGCACUGGAAUGCUGCCAGCCCCAGGCAUUCUCACUGCCAUGGGUCAGCAGUGGGGGGCUGUGGGUUGGCUGAUGCUGGGUCAGCACAAGGAUUCCCCAGCCGCUGUGGAAUGGAUGGUGGAGUACAUCCUAACCCCCCACCUAUGUUACGUGGAGCCGGUAGCUCCUUGGCCCUUCACCCUGGAGACACGGGGCAGGAGCAGCUGCCUUUGGAACAGCUGCCCCCAAUGCAGAGCACCAAGUGCAUUGCCUAUGUACCCUGAUUGGCUUGCAGGUUCAGAGCCCCAGAGUAGUGUCUGCACUGCUGGAAGCAAGUGUGAGUGCAGGGGAAGGAAGGUGGGAUGAGAGCCCUGCCGUGCUCUGGUUUGGGGGCAGAGGCAGCAAUAGCAGAUGCCAGAGCGACCUUGGUGAAAGCUGCAGGCGACCUCAGCUUGUGGGGCAAUGGCUCUGCCCUACCUAUUCGGGAAGCCUUGGCUGUGGGACCAGGCAGCAGAUACUGGGGUCGGCGACAUGCUACAGAAGGGAGGUGGCGCUAUCCCCAAAUCUUCCUAGACCACCCUGAGCGCCAGGCCCUGUGUUCGGCACAGGAGUCCCCAGUCAGGGAUUGCUCCCAACCACCCUGUCCAGCAAGGGCUCCAGGCUGCAGCCUGGUCUCCAGCGCUAUCUGGGCUCACACCACAACUGAGGCCUAACUAAUGCAGCCUGUGCCCAAACCCAUUCCUAGGGAAUGGCUGCCAGCAGAGAAAUAGUAGCUGGUAAUGGUCCAUGUUCCUCUUUCAUUUACUCCUGGGAAGGAGGCAAAAAUUGACCUUUUCCUCCAGGGAGUGGCUGGGCCUGAGUUUGGCAUUCGGGUGUCCCCCUGCCAUACUCUGUGUGGACUGGCUAGCCCCACCCCUAACCCUAGGCAAGAUUAACCUGCUAGGGCUUACCACCCUGAGCCCCAGAGCAGCCUACAGCCAGUGGAGUUUGCUUUAGCCCCAUCCCAGGCUGGAAUUUCUGCCAUUCCCUGUUUGCUUUUUGGAACGAUUCCAGCUAGGGAUGCGUUGUCAACUACCCGACAAGCCUAGGCUUAUCAGGUAGUCAAGGCAAUUGCUCGGAUUUCCUCCCCUCCACGACCCCCUUUGCUGCCUCUGUAUCAGAGGCAGCGAGCAGUGGGAAUAAGGAGCCAGUGGUAGGAGGAGCCAACUUAAAA